GUCACUUCCGCCCUUACAAUCUGCGACGUGGCCGGCUUCUUCUGCCCGGAGUGUACGUCACUUCCUCCAAGUCCCUGACCUGCUACUUGGAUCGCGACGGGAACUGGAACCCGAGGUCCCCGUGCGGUCCGGGCCUGGCGCCCUGAGGGGAAGAACGGCCCGGCCCAGGGUGCUGGGGUGGAGACUGCCCCUUCCCUAGCCAUGACGGACGGGAUCCUAGGGAAGGCAGCCACAAUGGAGAUCCCUAUCCAUGGGAAUGGUGAAGCUGGGCAGCUUCCUGAAGAUGAUGGACUGGAGCAGGACCUCCAACAGGUGAUGGUGUCAGGACCCAACCUCAAUGAAACCAGCAUUGUAUCUGGUGGCUAUGGGGGCUCUGGUGAUGGACUCAUCCCCACAGGAUCUGGCCGCCAUCCAUCUCACAGCACCACUCCUGCUGGCCCUGGAGAUGAGGUAGCCCGGGGCAUCGCUGGAGAGAAGUUUGACAUCGUCAAGAAAUGGGGCAUCAACACAUAUAAGUGCACAAAACAACUGUUAUCAGAGCGAUUUGGCCGAGGCUCUCGGACUGUGGACCUGGAGCUAGAGCUACAGAUCGAGUUGCUCCGUGAGACGAAGCGCAAGUAUGAAAGUGUCCUGCAGCUGGGCCGGGCACUGACAGCCCAUCUCUACAGCCUGCUGCAGACCCAGCAUGCACUAGGUGACGCCUUUGCUGAUCUCAGCCAGAAGUCCCCAGAGCUUCAGGAGGAAUUUGGCUACAAUGCAGAGACACAGAAGCUUCUGUGCAAGAAUGGGGAGACGCUCCUAGGGGCUGUGAACUUCUUUGUCUCUAGCAUCAACACGUUGGUCACCAAGACCAUGGAAGACACGCUCAUGACUGUCAAACAGUAUGAGGCUGCCAGGCUGGAAUAUGAUGCCUACCGAACAGACUUAGAGGAGCUGAGCCUAGGCCCCCGCGAUGCAGGGACACGUGGUCGACUUGAGAGCGCCCAGGCCACUUUCCAGGCACAUCGGGACAAGUAUGAGAAGCUUCGGGGAGAUGUGGCCAUCAAGCUCAAGUUCCUGGAAGAAAACAAGAUCAAGGUGAUGCACAAGCAGCUGCUGCUUUUCCACAACGCGGUAUCCGCCUACUUUGCUGGGAACCAGAAACAACUGGAGCAGACCCUACAGCAAUUCAACAUCAAGCUGCGGCCUCCAGGAGCUGAGAAGCCCUCCUGGCUAGAGGAGCAGUGAGCUACUUCCAGCCCAUCUUGGCUAUCAAGAAGGACACUGGGAAGGGCACCCCCAGGGUGGAGGAGAUUGGACAUGGGACAUCCCUUGCCAUUUGCCCUCUGGCUUGGGCUCCCUUUCCCUGGCUGGGAUCUGACACGAAUUUUGCCCAUACUGCUGUGGUAUGAAGAGGACCUGUAGGCCCAGAAGCUGCUGCCCUGUCCUUCAUUUUUUCUGGCUACUGGGCUUCACUCCCAGAUCUUUUCCUUCCACUCCACAGCCAAAGGCUACGACAGAACCACUCCCUGGCCAAUGGCAUCACUCCUCGGGCCUAUCCCCAGCUCCUGGGGUGUGCCCCUGACCAAUGACAAGAGUCUCAAAAGGCCUUGUCAGCCAAUGGCAGCUCUUCUUGGGCUCCCUUGGGCCAAUGAUGUUGCCUCCAAUACCCUUUGUCCCUCCUCUAUGCGUGCCCAUUGCAGAGAAGGGGACUGGGACCAAAGGGGUGGGGAUAACGGGGAGCUCCAUUUCUGGCCAGCAUCUGAAUGGGCCUCCUUUCACCCACCCACCCAGUUUAAUUGUGCUUAGAACCCAAGAGAUUGGGAUCUAGCACUAGGAAUAAACCUUUCAUAAAAGUAG